AUGUCCUUCUUCAAUGAAUCCAUCGACUUGUCAAAUUUCCAACUUUGUUUUGGCCGCGCGCCCCGUCUCAUCCCACUCAUGAUUCUGACUCAGUCCACCCCCACGCUGCGCACUCCACAGCAAAUUGCUGACCACGUCCUCCGUACCUUCACCUCCGAUCUAGCCGAUGCUCGGGAUCACCUCCUCGAACUUGAGGCCAAGUUGCACCAGCCUCACUUUGCCAACCUCCACCGUAGACUGGCCCCUACCUUCCAACCAGCCGACCGCGUCAUCUUGUCCACCUGGCACCGCCGCAGAGAAUACAAAAUCAAAGGCGACGUACGGCCGCGUGUGGCCACAUUCUUCCCGCGUGUCGAUGGACCACAACCGUGGAUUCGCCGCAAGGCAUCUCGGGUGCAGGGGUAUACACCGGACUCCGUGCGACAAGCACAGGUCCGGCGGCAAGCUGGGUGGACGGAGGAUGAUGUGCUCAUCUUCCUUCAGCCCAAUCUGCAGGUCGCGACGUUUGAGUGGGCUGAGAUCCUCGCCCAGGCAUCGAGGGUCGGGCGAUGCCUAUUCGAUCGCCGACGCUGCCUAUGCUCCACGCACACGGACGGCAGGAUUGCCGCGUUUCGUGAGCAACCUUCAGAGGUGUAA